AUGGAGGAUAACUUUGGAGAUGUCGAUGGUGGCGGCUACGGCGACGUCUCCCCAUUUGCAGAUGUCUCCGGCGGCUCCCCAUUCACAAUGGAUACCCUGCAGUCCCUACAAACCGGGGCGUACGAAGAUUUCAUCUCCGCCUCCUCCGCCGCAUCACCUGCUCCUCUCCCCUCCUCCACUGCUACCGUGACCGCGGGGUCAUCACAGAUGCGCAUCCAGACUCAGCAGCUUCAACUCACGCCCCGAGGGCAGCAGCAGCAGCUGCAGGUAGUGCUGAGAGCGCAGCAGGCGAGGCAGAUGCAGAUUCUCCAACAGCAACAGCAGCAGCAACAACAACAACAGACCCUAGGUUUCAGGGACCAACAAAAUCAGUGGGCUGGCCCGGCGGCGAUGGAGGAGCAGAUGAGGGCGUUGAUGGAGGGGGGGGUUGUAUAA